AUGGCAAGCACUGGGAUUUCUCACAUAGGAUCGGUGAAAUCCAAACUAACCGUUCGAACCAUGGGUAUGCUUGUUCGGAAGUACCAUAUCGAUCCCAAAUUCCACCCUCGCUUUCCAGAGGCCAACGAUGUCAUCACUGACGCUCCUGAAGGCUUCGUGGGGGAUUAUCGAGUAUUCUUCAACUACUUCUACCUUCCUAUAUCUAAUGAAUAUUGGGUUCCCUUCUCCCUUCACAAUGGUUUGGUGGAGCUAUGUGAUGGCCUUCCCACUUCUACCAAGUAUCGGAAGGAAAAGUUCUUCUUCGUUCAUGCAUCUGCCUUUUCCGACCUUAUGGCGUAUGGUGCAACUGCUGACAGGGUUGCCGACCCCGUCCCCAAACUCUCGCCUGAUGAAAUGCUGACAAUGAAGAGGUUAGCAAGCAACUUUGUUUGGUGGGCAGAUACUGAUGAAGCAGUGUAG